AAAAGACUAAAGAGUGGAAGAACAAAUCACCUGAGCAGAGGGUUACGGAAACAAGUAAAGUUAACUUCUCGAAAAAUUCGGUGGAAAUAUUUUUUAAAAACUGGCUGCUUAAAGGCUGAUUUUCUGUUUCAAAUGUUUUGACACGUCUUUUGUUUCAACGCAGUUACGGAAGUAUUUAAAGACUUAUAACAACUCGGGGAAGAAAAUAGAUUUCUUGGAUUUUGCACCUUUCUUUAUGUUUACUGGCUGGUUGCACUCUCAUAAAGGGGCUCUCCAAUCUGGAGGUCAAUUGCCUUGAGUGCUGCUGCAAGUUUUAGUUGAGUUCCCAGGGAUUGUCAUUUAUCAAACCCCGAGUGAUGUAACACAACAAAUGCAGUUGCCACCAGUAGUGAUUCAAUCGGUACGGACGUAGUUGCAGUGGGUCAUCCCUGUCACCCUCCCAACUCUACAAAGGAGUUAUCCUGGAUUUUUUCUGGUGGUGGUUGCGUCAGAAGGGACCGGGACCCAGUCCCCGACGUCGGUACCAACAACAACAGCAGGAAAAGUCUCAACAUCGUCAUCGAUCAAAGAUCCAACGCUCCAUCGGGACGAGCCAUCACAACAACAACAACGACGAGAACAACAUGUUGGGGGCCGCUCAGGAUCAACUGGCGCCCAUUCGACUUAGUGGCCAUACCUUGGACAAAGCCACUAAAGCCAAGGUGACGCUGGAGAAUUACUACAGCAAUCUCAUCGCUCAGAAUGUCGAACGACAGCAAAGGCUGGCGAAAUUGGAAGAGACUUUGAGAGAGGAAGGAUUGACAGAGAUCCAGAAACAGGAGAAACGUCAGCAACAUGCCAUCAAAGAAACUGAAUUUCUCCGAUUGAAACGCUCUCGAUUGGGUGUCGAAGAUUUCGAACCCCUCAAAGUGAUUGGUCGAGGGGCGUUUGGUGAGGUGCGCCUAGUGCAAAAGAAAGAUACUGGCCAUGUUUACGCUAUGAAAAUCUUGAGGAAAGCCGAUAUGUUGGAAAAGGAGCAGGUGGCUCACGUUCGAGCUGAACGUGACAUUCUAGCCGAAGCCGAUCACCAAUGGGUUGUGAAAAUGUAUUAUUCAUUCCAGGAUCCAGUAAAUCUCUACCUGAUUAUGGAAUUUCUCCCUGGAGGCGACAUGAUGACGUUGUUGAUGAAGCGAGACACUCUGUCGGAAGAAUGUACUCAAUUUUACAUCGCCGAAACGGCGUUGGCCAUCGAUUCUAUCCACAAACUGGGAUUCAUUCACCGAGAUAUUAAGCCGGACAAUCUGCUGCUCGAUGCUCGAGGCCAUAUUAAGCUCUCGGAUUUCGGGCUGUGUACGGGCCUUAAAAAAUCCCACCGCACAGACUUUUAUCGAGACUUGAGCCAGGCAAAGCCCUCGGAUUUCGCUCCCAGUAAUCCCAUGGAUAGCAAAAGGAGAGCCGAGAGCUGGAAGAAGAAUCGACGUGCCCUAGCUUACAGUACGGUGGGCACACCUGAUUACAUCGCUCCCGAAGUGUUUAUGCAAACGGGUUACGGAUCGGCCUGCGAUUGGUGGAGUUUGGGCGUCAUUAUGUACGAAAUGCUGAUUGGAUAUCCACCGUUCUGCAGCGAGAAUCCUCAGGAGACAUAUCGCAAAGUGAUGAAUUGGAGAGAAACCCUCAUCUUUCCACCGGAGGUGCCUAUAUCUGAAGAUGCCCGUCAGACCAUCCUUAGAUUUUGCUGCGAGGCGGAUCGUCGAGCAGGAUCCCAGCGAGGGCUGGAUGACUUGAAAUCGUACAACUUUUUCCGGGGCGUUGAUUGGGAGCACAUUCGUGAACGACCGGCUGCCAUUUCGGUCAACAUUCGCUCCAUCGAUGACACUUCGAACUUUGAUGAAUUCCCCGACGUCGAUCUGAAAAUCCCCUCGGCCCCAGAGCCUCCCAAAGAAGGCGACGUUUCUACUUACAAGGAUUGGGUGUUCAUCAACUACACGUUCAAACGUUUCGAAGGUUUGACGCAACGAGGUGUCCUCCCCUCGCACAUGAAGAAAUAGUAAGAAAUUCUUAAAACGAAAAGAGAAAAAAAAUCCCGCCCCCCCCCUACCCUUUUCCUCUUUUCUUGGCUAUCUGAGAUAUAAAAGAAAAAAAAAACAUAUUUGUUGUUGGUUAACGGUUUUUAAAACGAACGAUCCACUUGCACUUUGUACCGUCUUAUAAAACGAAAUUCAAACAAAUUUCUUUUUGCUGCCCUCCUUCUCUUAUCUCCUUCUACUUUUGGAUCCAUUCGACUUGUGUAGGGAAAAACUAAACAAAAAUUUAAAAAAUCACUUCCCAGUCUAAAAACAUCUUUUUUCACAUUUCUCUGUUUUCCCCCUUUUCUCCUCUUCCCACUGUGUCUCGAUCUCAUCUUUAUUAUUAUUUUUUUCCGAGGGUUUUUUUCCGCUGAAGGGAAAGAAAAAGACAAAUUACGAAAAUCAACAAAAAUAGCAACCAAAACCAAAACAUGAUUUGUACAUAGAUAUUAAAAAUUCUCCUCCUCUCCCUCCUACUUUACCGUCAGAUCUGCUAUCCACCUUCUCCAUCACCUUUUUUUGGCAUUACUCCUCCUCAUCACCUUUUCGAUAGAGAGUUAUUCUACUUCCCACAGAAAUAUUCAGAAUUCAGUCCUCGUUGGUUAAAAGACAAAAGAUAAAAAAUACAAUCUUUGUUCCUGGUGUAAAUGUAAUAAUAACAGCAAAUAUAUGAUCAUAGCAUAUUAA